AUGUCGCGUUAUGCUGAAGCCCACGCUAAGCCAAACGGCCCUGGCGAUGCACGCCCGACGGCCUUGCAAAUCAUCAAGGAUGAGAGCGCUGAAGGCAAGCUCAAGGGCGAGGUCAUUGUCAUCACCGGCACGUCUGCCGGCAUCGGCAUCGAAACCACUCGCGCCCUGGCCACCACUGGUGCCACCCUCUUUCUCACAGCCCGAGACGUGGCUAAGGCCCAAUCCGCCUUGGCUGGUAUCUUCGAACAUCCCCGCAUGGAGAUUGUCGAGAUGGACCAGGCAAACCUCUCUUCCGUCCGCGCCGCGGCCGCUGCCAUUCUCGACAAGACCUCCAAGAUUCACCUCCUUGUAAACAAUGCCGGGACCAUGGGAUUCCCCGACAUCCGACUAACCGCUGAUGGCCACGAACUCCAAUUCGGCACGAACCACCUCUCGCAUUUCCUCUUCUACAAGCUCUUGGAACCCGCUCUCCUCGCGGCCGCCUCCCCCGACGUCCCGUCCCGCGUCGUCAAUCUCGCUUCCUCAGCUCACAACAUCCACGGGAUCAAUAACCCCGACAAUUACAACUUCCAGGGAGGCGGCUAUGACCCCAGUGUGGCCUAUGCGCAAUCCAAGACGGCCAACAUUUACAUGGCUAACGAGAUCGAGCGUCGCCAUGGCUCGCGCCAUCUACACUCCACAAGCGUCCAUCCCGGCAUUAUCCACACGGGGCUGACCAAGCAUAUGCCCCCGGAUGCCUUCAAGGGAAUGGAGUUCUUGUACCCCACCAUAAAGAGCGCCGAGCAGGGUGCCGCAACAACGGUAUGGGCGGCUGUCAGUAAGACAUGGAAACAUGAGGGCGGCAAGUACCUCGUCAACUGUGCCGUGGCAGAGCCGUAUGUGGAAGGAGAUGACAAGCUUUCUGCGCUCGGGUAUGCGCCGUAUGCCUAUGACGUAGAGAAGGCGAAGAGGCUUUGGAGCGAUUCACUCAAGCUUGUAGGCUUGCCGGAUGAGGAGUAG